AUGGAGCCCUCUCAAGUCACGCCAAUCGAGGAGGGCUGGGAAGAAAUGGAGCAAUCGUGGGCCGAGAGGAUCUUCAACACAGCUACUUCGUCACAACCCGAGGCUUUGGAUGCGGUGAUCAGUCAAGCGGAUGAAGGCAUAGACGCUCAAAACUCGUACGGCUUGACAGCCUUGCAUUUGGCAGUUUUGAACCGCAACGAGACGGCGACUGAAGUUCUCUGGAGUUAUGGAGCUGACAUUGAGGCACUAGCUACAGAUGGCCGGAGACCGCUUUACAUGGCAGUUGAGGGGCGAUGCGUCGAGAUCGUUCAGGCUCUCUUGAGCCACAGCGCAGUUCCCGAUGCCGAAGCUCAGGGGCUCACACCCCUUCACGCCGCGGUGUUGAAAGACGACCUCGAGAUAUGCAGCAUGCUCCUAGGGUACAGGGCCGAUGUUAGCGCUCGAACGUCUGAUGGGAGAGAGCCACUAUUCCUCGCCGUUAAGAAGGGCAAUCCAAAUAUCGUCAAGCUCUUGCUCGAAUGCCACGCCGAUCCUGACUCCAUCUGCGCCGAGGACCCUCCCACGGCUCUCCAUCUAGCGUGUGAUAAUGGUAGUCUCGACGUGAUUGAGAUAUUGUUGGAGCAUGGUGCUAGCGUCAACAGCUUGAGAGAAAUGGACGGGGGCACACCAUUGCUCCGAGCCGUUGCUUCAGGAAGCCUAGACGCGGUCAAGUUGCUCUUACAAAGAGGAGCCAAAACACUCAUAUGGGGCACUGAUGGUCAAUCCGUCUUCGAUCUGGCGAAAGAGAACGACGAGAUGCUCCAGAUUUUGGAGGGUGAGAUGAUAUUGUUGGGGCCUCGGAUCCGUAACUUUGACGAAGCUGGAGAGGCAGAGCAACGCUCGCCAGAGCUGAAACCCCCUCCGCCUCCAACCGAGAGUGAUCGCGACAAGGCCGUGGCAUGCCACGGAUUCGACGCCAUCACCGUAGACUUUUUCACUACGGGAGAGCAUGAAAAACUGGUUUAG